GGGGGGGGAGCCACCGCACCCUGCCUUAAAUUGGUUUUGGAGGACCUGAUAAUUCUCUCCUACGGCCUGACGUUGGAACUUCUGCAGGCGUGCCCCGCGAACGUCCCCGCGUUCUCCAGCCUAGGCGGCUCUGUGUCGUGGGCGCGUCGCGUCACAGCCCCGCCCCUGCGCACGCGGUGGUAGCCCCGCAGGCGCGGCCAGCUGCGGGACACCCGUUCGCAGCAGCAGCGCCAGGCCGAGGGCGCACGCACCCCGAGCGGGAUGGGCGACUGGAAAGGCUACAUCAGCGCGGUGCUGCGGGACCAGCGAAUCGACGACGUGGCCAUCGUGGGCCACGCGGACAACCGCUGCGUGUGGGCGUCGCGGCCCGGCGGGCUGCUGGCGGCCAUCUCGCCGCAGGAGGUGGGCGUGCUCACCGGGCCGGACCGGCGCACCUUCCUGCAGGCCGGCCUGAGCGUGGCGGGCCGCCGCUGCUGCGUCAUCCGCGACCACCUGCUGGCCGAGGGCGACGGCGUGCUGGACGCGCGCACCAAGGGGCUGGACGGGCGCGCCGUCUGCGUGGGCCACUCGCCGCGCGCGCUGCUCGUGCUCAUGGGCCGGCGCGGCGUGCACGGCGGCGUGCUCAACAAGACGGUGCACGAGCUGAUCCGCGGGCUGCGCACGCAGGGCGCCUAGCGCAGCCCCGGGGCCGCCCUGGGCGCAGGCGGCGGGAAUAAAAAGCGCGACUUGGACGCGCCUGGCUCGUCCUCUGGUCUCGCGCGGGCAGUGGUAAA